AUGUUACCGGAAAGACUCAUUCCGCCGGCCAAGAAAAUUUCAGGUUUACUAACAAUGCUCUCUUUCGUUCUCUCUCUCCCGAUCCUCGCAUCCGUCAUAUGGCUAUUUUACAUGAAAAACUACGACUGCGAGGACAUUCUCAGAUUGCCUAGAUACCAAAUCGGAGUAUGCGUGGGGUUGAUAUUGGCUUUCGUGAUCAGCAAUGGAGGGUUGUUGUUGAGAGGUAAGUUUCCGAUGCCGGGUCUGAUAGUGGUGAUGGUGCCGUUAAUGGUGAUGAUGACGAUGGGUCUGGGACUGAUGGGAGCUUACCAGAUGGAAAGUAAAAGCAUACCGGCGUCGCCGAGGUGGCUUGAGUUGAAAGUUGAAGACGACAAUAAUUGGAACCGCAUUAAAGCUUGCAUAUUUGAAAGGGGAGUUUGUGAUGAUGCCAUGUUGAGAGGAGUUCAGGUCAUCCGGACAUUUCCAUCAGUCCAGUCCGGGUGUUGCAGACCUCCAGCAAGCUGUGGAAUGGAGAAAGUGAAUGGAACAGUUUGGGAGAAGCAAAAAGAAAUAAGGGUAGAAGGUGGAGAUAAGGACUGUGAUUUGUGGAAGAACGAGAGGAAGAUGUUAUGCUAUGAUUGUCAAGCUUGCAGAAAGGGGUUUUUGACUACAUUAGAAAGUAAAUGGUGGAAACUUGGUUUAUUCCUCGCUUUGAUUACUUUAUUCCUCAUUCUUUCUCAUUUGCUCUUGUUUUUUGCCGCUAUGUGGGAGCGCUAUUCUGCUUCAUAA